AUGAGACGCCCACGCCCACAGCACAAUACAACGUGUCUGCCUCGUGACCUACGGUCCGAGCUGGGCAUUCGCGAUCGUUAUGGAGAGAAGAAGCGCCGGUUGAACGGACCUGCCUCACGCAAAGAUCGUCGACAAGCCGAACGCAACGAAAAGAAGUCGAAACCACAAGCGAAAACCUGGAAGCAGUACCCUCGCCAAGGGGAUAAGUCUGCUGAGGAUGAUGCGGGCUUCGGUACGGACCAAGAAGAUGACCGGAAGCCGAGCGACAAUGGUCAGAAAGCGCUGAAGGGAAAAAUUGCGGCAGCCCCAAAUUCGAAAACGAAUAUGAAGAAAUCUAAAGAAGACGAGGACGAAGCUUCAAUGGAUGAAUUCGGCACGAUUGAUGAUUUGGACGAGGAUGAUGAGGAUGAUGAGGAUGACGAGGGCGACGAUUUCUCGGACGUCGAUGAACCCGAGGACAUAGAUAGGCCUCAUGUCUCGUCCGGAGUUAAAUCCAAAUUAGCGGAGGAUGAUGCUGAGAUUGCCUUUUUGGAGAAGAAACUUGGUCUCAAGAAGGGCAAGAGUUCCAAGAAGUUUGAAGACGAUGGGUUAGAUGACCUGCUGGGUGACCUGGGGGAGGCAUCAGAGGAUGACAGCAAAAAGAGGAAACGAGAAGCCGACGAGUGGCUCCAGAGCAAGCGGAAGAAGGCUCAGAAGCUCCAAGCUCAGGAAGAGGAGGAAGACGACAGUGAAAUGGAGAGCGACGAAGACGAGGAUGAUCUUGAUGAGCAAAUGUUCGGGAGUGAUGAUGAUGAAGAUGAAGAUGAUGAAUUUGAUGGUUUUGACGAGGAGAAGGCUCCUCCGAAGAAACGAGAGAACCCAUACGUCGCGCCAACUCCCAAGACCGAAAGCUCCCAGCCUCAGAAAUACGUUCCUCCUUCAUUACGAGGCCUAUCCGACCCGGAAACAGAGUCUCUAAAUCGACUAAAGCGUCAAGCUCAGGGACAGCUGAACAAGCUGUCCGAGGCCAACCUGAUCUCCAUCGUGUCUGAGUUUGAGAAGCUGUAUCGCGACUACCCCAGAAAGAACGUCACGUCUACAGUGCUUGAUCUCUUGAUGGGCCUUAUUUGUGAACGAGCCGCUCUGCAGGACACAUUUAUGGUCCUUCAUGCCGGUUUCAUCGCAGCUCUUUACAAGCUCCUGGGAACAGACUUCGGUGCCGAUAUUGUGGAGAGAAUUGUGAAGACGUUGGAUGCCAAUGGUGAUGAGCGGGGAACUUUCCAAGGCAAAGAGAUCGUCAACUUGGUAUCUCUUUUGGCACAACUUUACAACUUCCACGUUAUCGGAAGCCCUUUGAUGUUCGACUAUAUCCGUUCCUUCCUAGAGGAACUUACGGAAAACAAUACCGAACUUCUACUCAAGGUCAUUCGCAUCUCUGGGCCUCAACUUCGUCAAGACGAUCCUACGUCCCUCAAGGACAUCGUUCUUCUUGUUCAGCCAGCCGUAGCUAAGAUUGGCGAGAGCAACCUUUCGGUUCGCACAAAGUUCAUGAUCGAGACCAUUACCGACCUGAAGAACAACCGUGUCAAGAAUGCCAUCGGUGCCAGUAUCACCAGCGAGCACAUCACUAAAAUGCGCAAGAUCUUGGGAUCUUUGAACAACUCUCGCACUAUCCGUGCUUCGGAACCCAUGAACAUCACCCGCGCGGAUAUCCACGAUGCUUCCAAGAAGGGCAAAUGGUGGCUUGCCGGUGCAAGCUGGAAGGAAGACCCACUGGUAUCUGCUCGGAAAGAAUUGACUGAUACCCCUAUGAAAGACGCGGAAUCGGAGGAAGACAGCGAUGCCGAGCCUGACUUCGGCGAGCUCGCAAAGGCUCACCGCAUGAACACUGAUGUCCGCCGUUCGAUUUUCGUGGCUAUCAUGUCUGCCAACGACAAACAAGAUGCGUUUGUACGACUCAACAAACUUCGAUUAAAACGUGUGCAAGAGUUCGAAAUCCCGCGUGUUUUACUGCACUGUUCAAUGGAGGAGAAUGAGUACAACCAUUACUACACUUUGAUCGCAAGGGGAAUUUGUGGUGCUGAGAAAGGGCAACGGCGCAUGAAGGUCUCCUUCAUGUUUGCCCUUUGGAACAUCUUCAAGAGGAUGGGCGAAAAGGGAGAUAUGGAUGACGAGGAAGCAGACUUCGACCCGGAGGACGAGAAUACCGCCGUCAGCUUGAAGGCUGUGAUCAAUCUUGCUAAGAUGUAUGGUAUGCUGAUUGCAGAUGGUAAACUGACACUGAGCGUGCUGAAGACCCUCAACUUUGCCUACCUGCAGCCAAAGACCAAGAUGUUUGUUGAGGUGUUGAUCAUCACUAUCAUCCAACAAUCCCAGAAGAGCAAGAAGAGCCAGAAAAAGAAGUCUGGCUCAGAGGAACCAAUCAAGGAUGAAGAGUCCCUGAUGCAAAUUUUCAUGCGCGUUCAAGAAACACCGCACGUUGCAAAGGGACUGAUCUUCUUCAUUCGCAAAGUAGUCGCAAAGACUGAUCUUCUGGCUGAGGAGAAGGAACAAAAGAUGAUUCGCUGGGGUUGCAAUGUGGCCGUGGACGCCCUCAAGGCGAUUCGCGAUUAA